UUCAUUAGGAUUUAAAAAAUACUUAAUGUCUUUAAUUAAUAAAAUUAAAAUAAAAAAAUCGAUUGUCACGAAUUCGAAAUUUGUAAAAAAAAUUCAUUAAAUUAUUUAAAUAAUUAUACGAAAUUAAAAUAUCUUUUGAAUUUUUAUUUAGUUAUUCAAAAGUUCGUAUUCCCGCGCUUUUUUCUCAUUGGCUCUUCGUCGAUAAAAAUAAAGAUAAUUAUUAUUUAUAUGAAGCACAUUCAUAAUUAUAUGCUAAUAUAAAUUUAAACAAUACAUAUUUAGUAAUAUAUGUAAUAAAUUAAAAUAAAUGAGCAAUGUCAGCAGUGGAAGACAAUAAUAUAAAUUUUCAAAAUUUAGAAUUGAAAUUACGCGAAAAAUUUGCUCAGCUGCAGUUUAAAGAGGAAGAGCUCAAUAAAUGUCAAGCACAAUUGACAGAAAACGAAAAUAUAAUUUGUAAACUACAAAUAAAUUUAGAAAAUGAGCGAAGAAAUUCCGAGCAGCUACGAGUUGAAUUAAAAUCAACAAUGGAAAUAAUAACACAGUUGGAGAAUGAAAAAAUAAGAGGGCAAACGGAAUUGAUGCAUUUGCAAAUGAACUGGGAGAACGCACAAAUUGGACGUGAAAAUUUAAUAGACCAGGUAAAAAAAAAUAAAAUAGAGAACGUACGCUUGCAGCGUGCAAAUAAAAUACUUGAAGCUGAACUUGCUGAACAAAAAAUAGUCAAUAAAUUAAUCGAAAAAUCAUUAACUGAUGUGAGCCAACAGAUUAAUAAUUUAUGUCCCACAAUUUACAGUAAUGUCGAGAGUUUAAAAAAAGAACAAGAGUGUCUUCGUAAAUCUUUCAAAGCAAUAACGCAGUUAAAUUACCGUAUUGAUAAUAUGGGACACAAAAUUCUUGACAAAAGCAAACAUGAUAAUAAAGAAUUAGUAGAAUUACGUGAAAAAUUAUCACAAUUACAAAUAAUGUUGGCUUCUUAUUUACCACGUGCUUCAAAUCCGCCAAAUAUAAAAGCAUGUCAUGGAUUAAGAGAGUUAACUGAAAAGCUCGAGGACAACAAAAAGAUGGACAAGAAGCUCGAUGAGUUGUGCAAAAAAUUAGAACACAUGGAAUCGACGAUUUCCGAUUAG